AUGAAAGACUCGUUGUACGACCGUCUCUGGCGCCGAGAAUGCGGGGACCUGUCGCCCUAUGCCUCGCUCCGCGGCAUUUACGGCUCCAAGGAAUGGAUCAACGACUUGGACAUCGUCAACGAGCUGGGCGGCCAUACGGGAUGUGUGAAUGCUCUUAGUUGGUCCAAGUCUGGACGUCUCCUGGCUUCCGGCUCGGAUGACCAGCACCUGAAUAUCUACUCAUACCAGCCAGAAUCCUCGGAUGCUCAGUUCACACUGAACACUACCGUUUCUACCGGCCACAGGGCCAACAUCUUCUCCGUGAAGUUUAUGCCACACUCCAACGACCGGACCCUGGUCACCUGUGCCGGCGAUUCGCAGGUGCGCGUCUUUGACAUCGAAUACUCCAGCAGCAACAGCAACAGUAAUACCACGUCGGCGUUUGCAGCCUCGGCUCGGAGUCGGCGCUUCAAUGAUUUUUUUGAAGGGACGCGGUACCUGAGUGAGGGCAACACCAAUGCCAGGGUUUACCGUAGCCAUGCCGAUCGUGUGAAGCGCAUCGUCACUGAAUCCUCGCCGCACCUCUUCCUUACAUGCUCCGAAGACGGCGAAGUCCGACAGUGGGAUCUUCGCCAGCCGUCCGAGGCAUACCCUCCACCGCGGGGUGGCCAGGGCUUCAUGGCGUACCGACCCGGGUUGGAUCAUGACGACUCCAAUGUUCCUCCGCCACUCAUUUCCUACAAAAAGUACCGCCUCGAUUUGAACACGAUAUCCUGCUCUCCGAGUCAACCGCACUACAUUGCCUUAGGUGGCGCCCACAUGCACUGCUUCCUGCAUGACCGGCGCAUGCUUGGCCGGGACACCCUGGCCGAAAAAGGUAGCCCUGGUUUGUCCACACCAAGCGCGGGUAGUGUUGAUGAUGAGAUGAUGGGCAAUGCGACCCGGUGCGUGCGCCGAUUUGCUCCCCGUGGAAAGCUCCGCAUGAAGCACCUCGAUGAUGGACACAUCACCGCUUGCAAAAUCAGCGAUGCAAACCCGGACGAGAUGGUGGUCAGUUGGUCUGGGGACCACAUCUACAGCUUCGAUCUUAUUCGGAGCCCGGAUGCACGGGAUGAUUCGCCUGAAAAUGCCAAUGCAUUGAAGAACACAACUCGUCGUAAGAAUGGCCCGCGGAGCCGAAAGCGCAAACGCCCCAAGCCUGCAUCAAUGUCGUCCCAGGAAAGUGGUAAUCGGCAUCAGUCCCGACGCCGCUCCGGGGAACCAGAUGCUUUCAGAGUCACUUAUGAGAAUGGUGACUCCGAGGAUGUUCAUUUCCCAACGAUACCGGAUGAGGAUGAGUUGGCCAUGGUCCAACGCGCGAGAUACUUGGUACUCAAUGAGGCCCAGCGGCUAAGCAUGCAGAUCGCAAAAGGCCUAGUCAAGCUUCGACGGGCGCUGUUCUCGCUGCAGGCAACCGCGCGAGAAGCCACCGCCUCUGAGCAGAACGAUAUCUCACCGUUUUCGGACUCAUUUGCGUCUGCCUUGUCGCUCGCAUCGACAUAUCUGCCUCGGAUGGACGAAGUCAUUCGCAGAUGGCAUUAUCCAAUGAAUCCAUCACGCGAGACUGUUGAUUUCCAGCAAUCACUCCGUCGCAACCGCCAAGCGUCAUGGAGAUUUGUGCAAGCUGCUGGUACCCUUGCCCGAGCUUUGGAUGGUGAUGUUGCAGAGGAAGCUGCGUCAGACGCGGUCUCGGACUUCUUACAAAUUUCCCCUGCACCGAAUGAGGACGAGUCUAUUGACUCCGAAGCCCAGUUUGGAUAUGACUUCCUCAAGGCAAUCUUGCUUUGGCUACAGGGUGGCAGGCAAGAGUUGCUGAAGGGAUUCAAACGUGGACCCCGCCCAAGAAGGCUCGAAGGGCGUUUCCCCAUCCCCGCUGAUGCCACUGAGGAUGCGAUCGAUACCAUCCUUGUUCCGUAUCUCCAGCUCCUCGCAAGAGAUACCCCCAUUGUCAACGUGGAUGCCUCUCGCUUUGAACAUGAUUCCACUCGUAUUCUGUUCCAAACGCAGAAAGCAGCCGUGACCGCGUUCGGGAAUGCAGUGCGGCUGCCACUCGAGGAUUUGGGAACUACAGCUGCUCGGAUUGAUCGCCGCCGCGUGUCAAAUCCUUCCUCACAAGUUCGAUCUCUGGAUCGAGCGUCCGCGACCAGAUUCUGGAUCUUGCGGGUAGGUCGAGGCAUCUUAAUGGAGGCCGGUAACGAAGUCAAUUUCUCCUUUGUCAAUCGAGCAUUUGGUGGAAUCCACACUUCCACUGAUGAAUCGGACAGUGAUGGCGAGGUGGAGAGAUCCCAGGACGAUAUCGAUCCCAAUGCGGAGGAGAGCCGAGUGAAGUCGAUCAAUGUCCUGAGGACCUCUCACUCUUCCCAAGCUCCCCCUGGCGAAGGAGCAGAGGCGACUUCAGACCUCGAAGAUUCGGAGGGCGAGGAGGACAUUCCAUCUGCGGCUUACCAGAACGGCGACGAUAAUAGUGAUACCGAGGACUCCGACGAGAGCGAGAGUGAGGAGGAGCAGAGUGAUGAGGGUGGAGAGGAUGAAGACAGCUGGCAUAUGGCCCUGGCGGACUCCUCAGAGGACGACGAUAACGGGAACGUCUCAGACGAGGAGAGCGGAGAGCCGCUUCUCCUACGCCGUGCGACGCGCAAGUCACGCCGGGGAGACGUCGAAACUCACACUCCAGUCUCUUCUCACACGCGGGUCUACCGGGGCCAUUGCAACAUUAAGACCGUCAAGGAUGUCAACUUCUUCGGGCUGAAUGAUGAGUAUGUGGUUAGUGGGAGUGACUCGGGACAUCUUUUCAUCUGGGACCGCAAAACAGCGAAACUAGUAAAUAUCCUGGAGGGAGACAGUGAGGUUGUCAACGUUGUUCAAGGUCAUCCCUACGAGCCAACCAUCGCCGUUUCUGGCAUUGACAACACCGUCAAGGUCUUCUCUCCAGAUCGUCACGCCCAAGAUCUGGCCCUCAAAGGCAUCAACAUCCUGGAUCCCGACAACCCUGUCAACGUUCUCGGUCCUGCCGCGCACAACAUCGGCGGACUUCAGAGCCGCAGGCGCAUCCACGACAGCUACCGCAUCAUGAGUCAGAACGAUGUCGAUCGUCGUGGUGGCAUGUCCGAAGCCUACAUCACGAGAAGCAUGCUGGCGCGCCUUGCUGCUACCCUCCGUGGUGGACAGGGUGGAGGUGGCGGCCCAGGUGUGGAAGUUGGCGCGGGCGAGGGGGCUACUGUCGUCCUUGAUGAUAAUUGCCUGGUGAUGUGA